AUGCCUUUCCUCGAAACCAUCUGCGUCACUCUCUUCAUCCUCUGGGUCUUUGUCGAGGUGACUGUCUACACGUUUGCUCCACUCUUGAUUCGCAUCAAUGACAUUGGAGAGGCUUUGGACUGGUACCUCUGGGUCAUGCCUCGUCUAUGGGUUUUGGGAAUGGAGAGAUGA